UCGAAUUGCAGGUCCAAAUCAUUAUCCUCUUUGGCUUGCCUCCUACCUUUCGGGUGGCCAGCAGGCAUCGUUCUCUUCUAUCUGGACAAAUCCUCUUCCGCGUGAACCAGAACGCCUGCACACUUCUGGAAACCGGCUAAGGGAUUCCUGGCUGUAGAAUAAGUAAGUUCCAAAAAAGAACUUGAUAUAUUUUAUUGUUGUGAACAGAAACUGAGGUUAAACGGCCGCCCAAGCUGGUUUGACGGAGCUUCACAGGAUAGAAAACUCUCAAGGCAGCGGCAACAGUAGGCGGAUUAACCGGUAGCGGCCGCCAGCGGCCCAUGGAGGAGGAAUCCCACUGCCCGCUCCGGUGGGAGAGCACGGGCGACCAGUGGUGGUACGCCACGCCGAUCGACUGGGCGGCCGCGAGCGGCCACUACGACGUCGUCAGGGAGCUGCUCCACCUGGACGCCAACCUCCUCAUCAAGCUCACCUCCCUGCGCCGCAUCCGCCGCCUCGAGUCCGUCUGGGACGACGACAUGCGCUUCGCCGACGCCGCCACCAACCGCGCCUCCGUCGCCCGCUGCCUGCUCCUCGACUGCGAGUCCCGCGCUCGGCCCGGGGGGAACCGCCUCAUCCGGGCCGGCUACGGCGGCUGGCUGCUCUACACGGCGGCCGCGGCCGGGGACGCGGGGUUCGUGCGGGAGCUCCUCGGGAGGCAGCCCCUGCUGGUGUUCGGCGAGGGUGAGUACGGCGUGACCGACGUCCUCUACGCCGCCGCCAGGAGCAGGCGCCCGGAGGUGUUCCGGAUGUUGCUCAACGCGGUGCUGUCUCCGGCCGGAGAAGACGGAGCUGGUGAUUUGGGAGGUGCUCCUUCUGGUGCCACUCGUGGGGGAUACAUGUUCAGGCGCGAGAUGAUGAACCGGGCAAUGCACGCCGCGGCGAGGGGCGGCGACCUGGAGGUCCUCAGGGAGCUCCUGCAGGGUUGCUCCGAUGCCGCUGCGUACCAGGACGCGCAGGGCGCCACCAUCUUGCAUGCUGCGGCUGCAAGGGGCCAAAUUGAGGUCGUGAAGUAUCUGAUUGUCGCUUUCGACAUCGUCAACUCUGUAGACGACCAAGGGAAUACAGCGUUGCAUAUAGCAGCAUUCCGAGGUCACUUACCGGUGGUCGAAGCCCUGAUGACUGCAUCACCAUCACUUGUAUCAGCUAGAAAUGAAGUUGGUGACACGUUCCUCCAUAUGGCACUGACUGGCUUCAGAACUCUCGGCUUCCGAAGGCUUGAUCGUCAGAUGGAGCUCACGAAGCAUCUGGUCGCUGGAUCAAUCAUGGAUGUCAGCGAUGUCAUCAACGUGCAAAACGACGAUGGAAGGACCGUUCUUCACCUGGCAGUGGUUGGUAAUCUGCACUCCAGCCUCGUUGAGCUCCUGAUGACCGUGCCAUCGAUCGAACUGAACGUCCGCGACAGCAACGGCAUGACUCCUCUGGAUUUACUGAGGAAACAGCCGCAGACAGCAUCAUCCGAGAUACUCAUCAAGGAGCUGAUUCUGGCCGGCGGGAUCUCGAACUCGAGGGAUCACGAGACGAGGUCCGCCAUUGCUUCCCAACUGAAGAUGCACCACAUUGUGGGCAGCCCGGGGACUUCUUUCAGAAUCUCAGACGCUGAGAUUUUCCUCCAUGCGGGUAUCGAUGCGUCAGGCGUCAGUGAAAGAACGAGAACGAGAACAAGAACGACCUCAUUCUCUAGUGUGGGCAAGAGUGCUGAACUUGGAACCCUGGGGCCUGGUCUUAAGAGGCUGAAUUCCAUGCAGAGCGCGGCAAGGCAUCUCAAGGUCCUGCUCAGAUGGCCGCUUCGCAAGGGGAAGAAAUCACCCGGCAGCCCUAAGGAAUCGGACGACGACGCCUCCUCGGUGGAUUCCGUCAAGAGCUGGAGCCAUGUGGAGACCACCCCGACACCGUUGAGGCAGAGGUACUCCAAGGUGAGCUCCCUGUUCGGCAACAAGCGAACCUUGGCAAGCCCAUCAAUGAAGAUGAGGUCUGGAGCUGAUCACACACUGCCUGAAUCCCCUUCGGCUUCGGCCUCCUGGUCUUCGUCGUCGUUGAUCGACAAGAUCGAAGCAGUCCAUCUGGACAAAGACAAACCAUCACCCAAUGCCAGUGCGGUGAUCAGGCACACACCAAAGAAAUAUGGAUCUCUGAAUAGUAGACUUAUGAACCAGUACCUCGGCACUGGAGCGCAAUUGCAGGAUUCAACCUCGGGGCAGCGGUCGAGACGAUCGCUUCUGUCAGUAGUCUGAUCAAAUGAUUUAGAUGAUGCCACUCAAAUUUGACACCGCUUGUUUCCCUUGAUUCGAUGCUUAAAAGUUACAGCUACUUUGGUAGCACCAGACAGACGACUUCAAUCACAGUCCUCAUUGUUUGAGUCCAUGUGGUGUUACUGAUGAGGCCGAGAUAGCUAAUCAUAUCUACUAAGUUACUAAUAUAAUGCGGUUACCAUGUUAGUGUGCCUUCUGUGGGCUGGUAAGUGUAACUGAGAGCAUGAUUUAGAAAUGAAUGAAUCAUACAGUUAAUUACCAAA